AUGAGUAGUUUAUGUUUACAACGUCUACAAGAGGAAAGAAAAAAAUGGAGGAAGGAUCAUCCCUUCGGUUUCUUUGCAAAGCCAACAAAGAAAGCUGAUGGUACCAUGAAUCUACAAAAAUGGGAGGCUGGUAUUCCAGGUAAAGAAGGAACAAUAUGGCAUGAAGGUGUGUAUCCAUUGACUAUUGAAUAUCCUGAUGAGUACCCUUCAAAACCUCCUAAGGUUAAGCUACCUAGCGGGUUUUAUCACCCUAAUGUAUAUCCAAGUGGUACUAUUUGUCUCAGUAUUUUAAACGAAGAACAAGAUUGGAGACCAGCUAUUACUUUAAAACAAAUAUGUUUAGGUAUUCAGGAUUUAUUAGAUACCCCAAACCCUAACUCUCCAGCUCAAGAACCUGCUUGGAGAGCUUUCCAAAAAAAUAAAGCAGAUUAUGAAAGGAAAGUUGUAUUACAGGCAAAACAAUACGCUAAAUGA